AAGCCAUAUAGGCGAGUGACGUCAGGCCGUUUGUUGUCAUUGGCGGCUCCCAAGAUGGCGUCCAUCGUGGAAGGGCCGCUGAGCAAAUGGACUAACGUGAUGAAGGGCUGGCAGUACCGUUGGUUCGUGCUGGACUACAACGCUGGACUGCUUUCCUACUACACGUCCAAGGACAAGAUGAUGAGAGGCUCUCGCAGAGGAUGUGUUAGACUCAGAGGAGCUGUGAUUGGUAUAGACGAUGAGGACGACAGCACCUUCACAAUAACUGUUGAUCAGAAAACCUUCCAUUUCCAGGCUCGUGAUGCAGAUGAGCGAGAGAAGUGGAUCCAUGCCUUAGAAGAAACAAUUCUUCGGCAUACUCUCCAGCUUCAAAUCAGUACUACACUUGCUUUUUUCCAGUCUUCUGGUAUCUCUCCAGUUCUUGAAUUUUCAAAAAUAAUUGGUUUGGAUUCAGGGUUUGUUCCUACUGUCCAAGACUUUGAUAAAAAACUUACAGAGGCUGAUGCUUACCUACAAAUCUUGAUAGAACAAUUAAAGCUUUUUGAUGACAAGCUUCAAAGCUGCAAAGAUGAUGAACAGAGAAAGAAAGUUGAAACUCUCAAAGAGACAACAAAUAGCAUGGUAGAAUCAAUUAAACACUGCAUUGUGUUGCUGCAGAUUGCUAAAGACCAGAGUAAUGCGGAGAAGCACGCAGAUGGAAUUAUAAGUACUAUUAAUCCUGUAGAUGCAAUAUAUCAGCCUAGUCCCUUGGAACCAGUGAUCAGCACAAUGCCUUCCCAGACUGUCUUACCUCCAGAACCUGCUCAGUUGUGUAAGUCAGAGCAGCGUCCAUCUUCCCUACCAGUUGGACCUGUAUUAGCUACUUUGGGACAUCAUCAAACUCCAACACCAAACAGUACAGGUAGUGGGCAUUCACCACCUAGUAGCAGUCUCACUUCUCCAAGCCAUGUCAACUUGUCUCCAAAUACAGUCCCAGAGUUCUCUUAUUCUAGCAGUGAAGAUGAAUUCUAUGAUGCUGACGAAUUCCACCAAAGUGGCUCAUCCCCAAAGCGCUUGAUAGAUUCUUCUGGAUCUGCCUCUGUCUUGACACACAGCAGCUCAGGAAAUAGUAUGAAGCGUCCAGAUACCACAGAAUCACUUAAUUCCUCCAUGUCUAAUGGAACAAGUGAUGCAGACCUUUUUGAUUCGCAUGACGAUAGAGAUGAUGACGGAGAGGCAGGGUCAGUGGAGGAGCACAAGAGUGUUAUCAUGCACCUCUUGUCACAGGUUAGGCUCGGAAUGGAUCUAACUAAGGUAGUUCUUCCAACAUUCAUUCUUGAAAGAAGAUCUCUUUUAGAAAUGUAUGCGGACUUUUUUGCACAUCCGGACCUAUUUGUGAGCAUCAGUGACCAGAAGGAGCCUCGAGAGCGAAUGGUUCAGGUUGUGAAAUGGUACCUCUCAGCCUUUCACGCAGGAAGGAAAGGAUCAGUUGCCAAAAAGCCAUACAACCCCAUUCUGGGCGAGAUCUUUCAGUGUCACUGGACACUACCAAAUGAUACUGAGGAGAACGCAGAGCUAGUUUCCGAAGGACCAGUUCCCUGGGUUUCCAAAAACAGUGUAACGUUCGUGGCUGAACAGGUUUCCCAUCAUCCACCCAUUUCAGCCUUUUAUGCUGAGUGUUUUAACAAGAAGAUCCAAUUCAAUGCUCAUAUCUGGACCAAAUCAAAAUUCCUUGGGAUGUCGAUUGGUGUGCACAACAUAGGGCAGGGCUGUGUUUCGUGUCUGGACUACGAUGAACAUUACAUCCUCACGUUUCCCAAUGGUUACGGAAGGUCUAUCCUCACGGUGCCCUGGGUGGAAUUGGGAGGAGAAUGCAACAUUAAUUGUUCCAAAACGGGCUACAGUGCAAAUAUCGUCUUCCACACUAAACCUUUCUAUGGGGGCAAGAAACACAGAAUCACUGCAGAGAUCUUUUCUCCAAAUGACAAGAAGUCUUUUUGUUCCAUUGAAGGAGAGUGGAAUGGUGUAAUGUAUGCAAAAUACGCAACGGGGGAAAACACAGUCUUUGUAGAUACAAAGAAGUUGCCUAUAAUCAAGAAGAAAGUAAGGAAGUUGGAAGAUCAGAAUGAGUAUGAGUCUCGCUGUCUUUGGAAGGAUGUCACUUUCAAUCUAAAAAUCAGAGACAUUGAUGCAGCCACUGAAGCAAAGCACAGACUUGAAGAAAGACAAAGAGCAGAAGCCCGAGAAAGGAAGGAGAAGGAAAUUCAGUGGGAGACAAGGUUGUUUCAUGAAGAUGGAGAAUGUUGGGUUUAUGAUGAGCCACUGCUGAAACGUCUUGGUGCUGCCAAGCAUUAGGUUGGGAAACACAGAGUUCACCCCAGUGACCAGGACAGCAGGUGCCAUCAGGCAGAGUCUUUCUGCGGGAGAACCUCGGCGCUCCCUGCGUGUCGCCGUGGCCCCUAUCUCAGGGAUACUGGACUUGCCGACGCAGAGGAACAAUUGCAGCAGGAAAAGUCUCCCUUUCUUCCUGUGUGGCAGUUACAAUUUUGACUUCAGUCCUGAGAAAAACUUUAGGUUUUGAAAACAAGAUGUCUGCUUGUUUUCAAAACCUUGUGCUCUGAACAGCAUUUAUAAAUCCAAGUUCAAGCUCGCCACGCUAGUAUUGCUAUUCAGAUAUACAAGCUGUUUCCUAGUUCAUGUAAUCUUGGAUUCUCUAUAUAUAUAUACGUAUAUAUAAAUACAAAUAUACUUGAGAUUUUUUUCAUAAAUACUCCAUCUACUGUAAAUAUUGGUUCCUCAGAGAUGUUUUAGAAAACUAGCUCAAUGUACUUAAAAUCAAGUGUUAAGGAAAUUUCAUGGUUUCACCUACAAUAACUUUUAUUUUGGAAUUGAACUAAGUUGUAUCUAACGCUGGAUUACAGUUUAAUUAUACUCAGUGCUUCCUACAGCUUCAUAAAAUAAUUUUUCCAAUCUUUUUCAA